AUGCAUGAGCUUUUGCUCUACGGCCAGGUGCCUCUCGAGCGCCAUGAUCAAGUCCUCAAGAUCCUAGCUGGCGUCGCUGCAAUGCAACCGCAAGCUCUUUUUGAGAGACAUCUGAUAUACAGACCCAUGCGCUCAGCCCAAGACAACAAACCCAACAAAAAGUUCCCAAACAAACCCGUCAAACCUCAGACUCUCACUUUCCAACACCUUGUCCGUCAACUUGACCAGUCAGAGUUUGGCACUGAUUCUCCUGUUCUGCUUGAGUCCGAGAACAAUGAAAGCGCUAGCCAAUCACCAUAUGCUUGGAGAAUCCAGACACAAGAAACACCGGAACCGGAGACCAAGACUCUUGUUCUAAGGCAAGCAACAGACACCGCCAUUGACAAGGACCAACUACGCAAGUUUCUCGAUCCUACCAACAAUGAAUUCGUGAGCGAGUUCUUCAUUGAAGGUCACAGAUUUGUGCACAAGAACCUGGUGCUUACAUUGUUCCGUGUCUUGAGAGCAAACGAUGUACCCCAACAAACACCUUUGACUGCACUCCCCACUCUAGACUCACUCAAACCACUGGACGUUAGCGGCGCAUUUGUUCUUGAAGCAUGCGUUCGUAUCGAUGAUCGUGCAAAACCAAACUUGGUCUCGACCGCUUCCGACGAGCUUGGUGCGUUCAGGGAUUUGAUGAGAGGCUCUGUUGACAUGAAGAUGCCUGAGAGAUUGUCACUCGAUACUCGCGUCAGAUGA